UUUAACCUUAUCUGCGAGCUAAUUUGUUGUGAUUGAUGAAUAUGGUGAUGAUUAUGUUGCUAUCUGUGUUUCUCUGUUCCUUGAUGAAUUUAUUUGAACUUCUGGGUUGUUUUAUAUUGGGGUAAAGAGUGGUGUCUCCACUCUGCUCGAAGGCUUUCUUAGUUUUGAUAGGGUUGGAAUUAUGUGCAUUCUUGAAUUUUGAUGGGACUGAUGCAGAAAGAGUUCUUGAAAUUGGGUGAACUCUUAGAUUAUUCUUUAUCACCCGAUCCCAUGUCUUAGCAGGCUCUCUGUCCUGCUCCCCGAAAAAGGAAGGGUAGUUCGAAGGGUGGUUGGUACCUGAAGACUUCAACCCCCUGGAGACAUCAGCAGCAGGACCAAUGGAAUCAAAUGCUGGCAUACAGGAGGGACUGGGUUUGAGAGAUGGUGUUGAAUUGGGGAGAUCAAUUUCAGAUAAGCAGUUUGAUCUUUUGAGGCCUUCAGCCCGAUAUCACUCAGUGUUUAGAGGGCAAGCAACAGAGGCCGAAGACCAUGAGAAAGGCAAGUACACCCUCAUUGGAGAUGCUGAGGAUUUCCAACUAGGGACUUUGGACAAACCCCUUCCUUGCUUUGGUUGCGGGAUAGGAUGGUUUUCUUUUCUGCUAGGCUUUGCAUUCCCACUUUUGUGGUAUUACGCCACAAUUCUAUACUUUGGAAACUACUAUAGAAAGGAUCCAAGAGAGCGAGCCGGUCUUGCUGCUUCUGCAAUUGCUGGCUAUGGGAUGUACGCUUGUACUAUUGAUCGUAAUCGUGGUUCUUCUCAUCUAGCUGGCCUGUUGAAUUCGCCUCCUAGUUACGCCUUCUUUUGGCGGAGUUGGAUCUAUAGUUCCCCCAUAAUGUGCACAGAAAGGGAUCUAGAUGCAUCUCGUGUAGCAUUGGAAUGUACAGGCAUUCUUCGCCAUAAUACAGAAUUUCAACCUUCGUUUGUUAAGCUUCAUCUUGAAAGUGGAGUUUUCAUUAAGGAUUCUGAUAUUUUUUCCCAUGCUAAAAACAAGAACCGAAAUUGAAAUUUCACCUCCUCACACCUAUUCGAUGCACCAGUUGGAAAA